UGAUUAUGAUCCUGAUGUUACUCGGUGGGGUCUCCAUCAUCUGCUAGAUGUUUGCACUCUUACGAAUAAUGCUUCUUGUAGUGGUGUGACUCGAUAUGACCAAGAUUUGAGUCGAGUUGAGUUUGUUAGAGAAGGCUAUUGUGAGAAGGAUAAUGUGGAGAAUCAUGAGGCUAUAGCACAUGCGCUUCAAGAAGAAUUUUUGCGGAUUGAUUGUUUAGAAGCUUCCGGAGUAUCUAAUGGUGGGCCAGAGCAUUUGCAAUUCUUGCACAGAAUUGUCUUGGUCCUUCGGGUAGACACUAUAGUUAUGGGCAUGCCAAUGAUCAGCAAGCAGCAAAUGGACCUGGCAUACAGAUGGAGAAUGCAGUUCCCUGUGGAUUCAUAGUAGAGGAGGUGGGUGAUCAUAACAGAGUGGAAAAUAAUGUACAACCUGAAAUUAAAAUGUUCGCAUCAUGCUCUAAACCAGGAGGAGAAAAAUCAUCUUAUGUGGAUGAUUUGUUUCAUAUAAUCGAUAUAGCUGAUGAGUCAAGUCUUGAUGGUGAAGCAGGCAAACGAUUGAAUCAGAUGGUUCCUAUUCCUCAUGUUCCUAAGACUAUUGAGAAAAUACCCACAGCUGAUGAAGAAAUAUCAGAUCAUCAAAGGCUGCUAGAGCGGCUGCAGUUAUAUGAGCUGGUUGAGCUUAAGGUUCAAGGAGAUGGUAACUGCCAGUUUCGUGCUUUAUCUGAUCAACUGUAUCGUUCUCCUGACCACCACGCUUCCGAAAGAGAACAGAUUACUCAACAGCUUAAGUAUCACCCGAAAAUGUACGGGGGUUAUGUCCCCACGGCUUACAAUGACUAUUUGAAGAAAAUGAGCAAGAGUGGCGAAUGGGGUGAUCAUGUGACAUUGCAGGCUACUACAGAUUGGGGUUUAUUGGCCUUUUAUGGUCUUUCUCUUCCUCAUACCCUAGUCCAACUUACUGCUGGGGUCCCAACAUCAUUGGCUGCAGGAGUAAAGUAUGAAUUUCAGACAUUUCCGGGGAAUAGAUGCACCAGAGAAUGAAAUGCCAUAUGGGAAAGAAGCAAAGGAGGA